AAUGCGGCUGGUCUAACAAGCGGGGUUCUCAACAGACCAAGUGACUUAAUCUACUCUGGCGCCUUUUAUUUAUGUGUGCUUAAAUGAAAGAGCUGGACAUGCAGAAAGCAAUAUCGAUGAGGACAAGAAGCCACUUUGGAUUAUCAGUGCAUUCAUCAUCAUUGAGUAAAUGCGCAGUCAGUCUCAUUUUAGGCUGCACGCACGCCACAACAGUCUGGAACUCCGAAAUAGUCUGGCAGUCGUGAGCGGGCGAGAAAUGACGUCAGUCUAGACUUCUCCGAACAAGAUGUGUUCAACAUGAAUAGCCCCGUAUAUGUUUGAAAGCGUAUAACUAGCACGGAAUUUUGACGGUGACAUUAACUGCCUGUCCGCAUAUUCAUCCGAUGUUAGUCGUCGCCAAUAGGACAGCUAAAUUAUGGGCUCGAGAAUAUACGUUGUAGAAAAGCGGACUCCGACAACAUUGAGACAUUGAAACGUUGAAACAAUAAUUUGGAGAUGGCGAGUGACGACCAGGUGGCCAUCUUGACGGAUGACGAGGGGUAUCAGAAGAGGAAGUAUGUCCUGGCAGAACCCUUCAACACCCUGUCCAACACCCUGGAGCAGAUACCGGUGGGCUCGGGCCCCGCCUCUGCCUCCCAAGGUCCAGAGUCUCCCCCCACAGACACACCCGACUCCCCCUCCUCCAACCCCAGUAAUGACUGCCUGGAGAGGAACUGCGUGCGGAUCGACAACCACCUCCUCAUCUCCAAGGUCUUCUAUUUCUUCUUCUAUGCAGCCUAUGGGUCCCUACACCCGCUGCUGCCUGUCUACUACAAGCAGCUGGGGAUGACUCCCAGUCAGAGCGGCCUGCUGGUCGGGAUCCGGUACUUCAUCGAAUUCUGUAGCGCCCCCUUUUGGGGGGUGGUGGCGGACCGCUUCAAGAAGGGCAAGGUGGUGCUUGUGUUCUCCGUUUUCUGCUGGCUGGUGUUCAACUGCGGCAUCGGCUUCAUCAAGCCCGCCUCCAUAACAUGCGUGGAGAGGAAACCCACAGUCGCACGCCCCACCAGCCCUGCCCACCUCGGUCUGCCGGCCAAUUACAGUAGGGACCGCAGGGGUGUGAUUGGAGACUUGUUUUCCCUCUCUUCAAAUCAACACAGUUUAGCAUCAGACUCAGUUAGUGGCGGUCCCCUGCACAGGUAUGUGAGGAGCGAUGGUGGUAAUGUCACUGGACCCAGCACUGUCCCGGGACCUGUGCCUUCCCCCACCAUCACAACAACAACAUCUUCCCCCUCCACCACCCCUACUACAACAGCCAGCUCAAAACCUGCCUCAAAUCUAACCACAACCAAACCAACCACCACAACCAUUCCGAAAGUCUACCACAUCAUCUCCAACCACGACCAGGUGGAGACCAUCUUCCUCCUGAUCCUGCUAGUCAUCAUCAUCGGCGAGUUCUUCAGCGCUCCGGCUGUGACCAUAGUGGACACGCGCACCCUGCAGUACCUGGGCCCCCACCAGGACCGCUACGGCCUGCAGAGGAUGUGGGGCUCCCUGGGCUGGGGCCUGGCCAUGCUCUGCGUAGGCAUCUGGAUCGACCACACCCACAUCAAGCUCUUCAUCCAGGGCACCGGCUGCAUCGUGCCCGACUACAAGAACUACCAGAUAGCCUUUAUUGUCUUUGGAGUCCUGAUGGCCGUAGCUUUGAUAUUGUCCACACAGUUUUACUUUGAGAGUAGUACUAGUGACCACCGGCCAAUGGCGGCCCAGCUGGAGGAGGAUAAGAGACAGGAGGCAGAGUCUCCUCAAAUGUCCAGUGGCGUUUCAUCUCCCAAAGGGCAUGCAGUGGAAUCGUUAGAAUCCCAAAGUGUCGUCAGCCAGCCGUUUCUUUACCAGGACCUCAUUCGGCUGCUGUGUAGCGUGCAGUACGGCUCAGUGCUCUUCGUGGCCUGGUUUAUGGGAUUUGGCUACGGCUUUGUGUUCACGUUCCUCUACUGGCACCUGGAGGACCUGAAAGGGACCACCACGCUAUUUGGAGUGUGCUCGGUGCUGAGCCACAUCUCAGAGCUGGUCGCCUACUUCACCAGCCACAAGCUCAUCGAGCUGGUUGGCCAUAUAAGGGUGCUGUACAUCGGUCUGGCCUGCAACACGGCUCGUUACCUGUACAUCUCCUACCUGGAGAACGCCUGGAUCGUCCUGCCCAUGGAGGUCCUUCAAGGUGUGACCCAUGCCUCAGUGUGGGCAGCCUGUAUCUCCUACCUGAGUGCUGCAGUGCCUCCAGAGCUGAGGACCUCUGCCCAGGGUAUCCUCCAGGGUCUGCACCUGGGGCUGGGCCGGGGCUGUGGGGCCAUGGUGGGGGGAGGCUUGGUCAAUGUUUUUGGAGCAGCCCACACCUUCAGAGGGAUAGGAAUGGUCUCCCUCGUCAUCCUCCUCCUCUUCUCUCUCAUCCAGUGGCUGGCUGUGCAGAGUGGGAACAAAAAUCCCAGAAUGCUGGCGGAGAACAUCCCAGUCCCCUCCAGCCCUGUUCCCAUAGAGACCAUAGACAUUAUCCAAUCAAAUAACGGAGCCGCCACAAUGACACCGCCGAGGAAGACCAAGCACCAGGAGGAUCAGGAGGACUUGAGCAAGCCUGCCUGGGUGGUGUCCGCCUCACCCUGGGUCACCCUGGCCUUCGCCCUGCACCAGAUCAGAGAGAUGGCUACCCUUGCCAGGAGCAGCCCUGCCAAGAAUCCAUCAGACCCUGCAGAGGACCUGAGCUCUAGGACCAUGCCUCAUACCUGGCCUGAUGACUCCUUGCUGUUCCCAGUCCACCUGGCCUUGCUGCUGCUCCAGUUUCAAAUGUUCUGCCUGUGGCUAUGGAACCCUGACCUGUUCACCGGACGUGCUACCUGCUCCAGACCUGCUGUUUUAAACUCUCUAGAGACAGCAGGAGCGGUAGAGAUACUCUGAAUGAUCGGCUUUGAAAAGCCAACUGACAUUUACUCCUGAGGUGCUGACCUGUUGCACCCUCUACAACCACUGUGAUGAUUAUUAUUUGACCCUGCUAGUCAUAUAUGAACAUUUGAACAUCUUGGCCAUGUUCUGUUAUAAUCUCCACCCGGCACAGCCAGAAGAGGACUGGCCACCCCUCAUAGCCUGGUUCCUCUCUAGGUUUCUUCCUAGGUUCUGGCCUUUCUAGGGAGUUUUUCCUAGCCACUGUGCUUCUACACCUGCAUUGCUUGCUGUUUGGGGUUUUAGGCUGGGUUUCUGUACAGCACUUUGUGACAUCAGCUGAUGUAAGAAGGGCUUUAUAAAUACAUUUGGUUGAUUGAAAGUUUGGUUUGUAGUUGCCGUUACAUAAUAGUCUAGUGACACCUAGGCUAUCUGGUUAUUACAGUACUCAUGCACUUUCAGGCCUAAAGGCUGAUUUAUACCCUACGGAGACGGACCCUGCGGAGCUUAGCAAAGUGUUGCAAUGUGGGGGUUUUUGUCACAAAAGUGCCAGCUCCUUGUAGUGCGCUCUGACAUUCGAUGUAAUCCUGUGCCACAUGAAAAUUGUAACGUGCCGUAUCAUUCCUUGUGUAGCCAUGGGGCUACAAAAAAAACAGCAGAAUCCGGAACUCGCUGGGUAAGAGUUGAGUACCCCUAGGUCAUAGCCUAUGCAUCAAAGUAACCUAUUAUGCAUUGAUUAGCAAAUAUAAGGUCAGAGACACCGGUAAGUAUGAAGAAGUGUGUAUGCAUUUUUAGGCUACCCAGAACUAACACCAGUUUAUCAGACCUACAGGACAGCUGUAGUGUUCUUAUCUAGAAGGUGGACCAGAUGUCUUUUCAAUUUGAUCAAUGUGCCAGAGCUGUAGCAUCUCGUUCCAAAAUGUGUGGUAUUUAGAUUUUCUUUCAGAUAUGAGCAGUCUGGAGAACUACAACAGUACUCUAGUAUGUUAGAUAGUUUGCUUAGUAUCUUGUUAGUCAGAUAUAGCUUGUAGAUAUCAGUGGAGGCUGCUGUCGGAAUUCCAGCUCAUAAUAAUGGCUGGAAUGCAGAGAAUGGAAUGACAUCAAACCAUGUGUUUGAUGUAUUUGGUAAUAUUCCACUCCAGCCAUUACCACGAGCCUGUCCUCCCCAAUUAAGGUGCCACCAACCUCAUGUGGUAGAUAUAUGUCAUAUGAAAGUAUCUAGCUCGCUAUCUAUCUCGCUAAGAGCUAGCUAAGUAAGUUCACAUGAUGAUUGCUCUUCAUCAAACUGACGUUAGCUAGCUAGCAGAUGUUAAUGGUUAGACGUGAAGCAUUGCUCCAACAUUAUUAAAUGAUUGGUCUUCUAAAUAAUUUAAUGUUCCACAAACAAUAAUUUCUAUAGCCAACUAGCUAGAUAACUAAAAACAAUGGAUAAAUAAAAAAUAAAUAAAAACAAUAUAAAUAAAAAGUAGUUAGCAAGAUACUACUAGCUAGAUAGCAACAGUCAAUAGCUAGAACAACUUGUACAUAGAAGAUAUUUGCUAUUACCCCUAAAAUGGAUACAAUUGUUAUAUCAGAACAAUGAUUUGUCAUUCCAGCUAGUUGUUGUUAGCAAGCAAGCUAUUGUUGUUAGCAAGCUAGUUACUGUACUUUCAAAUUCGGUGGUUAGGAAUUAGGAAUUAGACCAAAGUAAAUGAUAUCGAUAACCAGAACAAGUUUUUAUUUUGCAAACAAAUGUAAAAUACAUUAUCUAUAAUGUUACGAAAUCAAUAUACUGUAUAUGAUUUAAUUACAUAUUUAUAUGUUUUGAUAUAAUUUUCCAAUUGUUUAACAACUAGAGCAAGGGUUUCCAACAUUUUUUCUGUGCACGACCCCAAAUUGACACAAGAAAUGCAGGGAACCCCACUUGGAAAAACCUUAUAUUCCCUAGUGAAGUGGUUCCCAACCUUUUUCGGUUACUGUACCACCAACUGAAUUUUGCUCUGCCCGGAUUACCCAUGAAAUACCCCCCCAUGUGCAUGAAAUACCCCCCCAUGUGCAUUUUGCUAGUAGGCUUAUGAUCUCAUGAACAUUCUCAAGUAUUUCCUGUAGCUAGACCAAGCACCCCCAGGAGUCCUCCUACCCCUGGUUGGGAACCACUGCCCUAGUUAACGCUGUGUGUACAUAUUCUCUCAAUUUAAGGUCUGCAGGCUGUCCCAACACAUACUAAUGACAUGAAAGUACAUUAUAAUACUGUAAAAGGCCCAUAGUUGAUACUAAAAUGUUGUGUUCUAAACCCAUUUGAAGAUAAAAAAGAAGUUCUUACUUUGUUUGAUAAAAUUACAGUUUGUUUCAAUUUGAGAACCACUGAGCUAGAGUUUGCAUUACCUGAUUUUCCGGAGUUUAAGUUUGACCUAACGUGAUUGAUUGUUUUAGCCGUAAUGUUAGGGGGUUGGUUUGACAAUCACUGGACCCAGGUGCGUGUCCCGGUCGGGGCUACCCCCAACUUUGCUACAUCGGUGUCAGAGGUGGGAUGGCGUUUCUGAGGCGUGUAUGUCAAAGGGUGGACAAUUUACAGGUUCUCAUGGUGUAGUAGACUAUUCUGAAUUAAUUCAUUUCUUUCUGAACAAACAGCAGUAAUUCUGUAACUUUGGCAAAUGUAUUUAAAUUUAUCACGGGUGUCACCCUUCGCGCAGCUUCCUUAAGGAAGUAAAUGAUGAUGUACAAAGCUGGAGAGAUGAAAGUUGCAGGCUCCUGUCAAUCAGAGCAAAGAGAGGGAGACAGAUCAUAGAAAGUGAAUCUCAUUCUAGUUCUUUGAGAGAUACAGUGUUGGUCUCAAACAUAGGGUACAAUGUUGCGUAAACCCAACCCUAAUCAACUCUUACAAUAUCAGGCCUGGGGGGACAGGAGAAUGAAUGAAAAGGCAACUCGAAUGUAACUUUGAUCUCUUUUAUUUGCAAAAUGUUAGAAUAACUUUUCAUACCAGCAGUCCAAAAUGGAGAGGUGCUGGAUCCUGUUCCCGCAGGAUCCGGCUCAAAUCAAACGCAAGUCACACCGGUGACAUGUACACUUGAGGGACCAGAGAUGCGUUCAGUUUGCUUGAACAUUUGAUAUGUUCCGGAGAGAUUUCUACUGAACUACACAUAUGGACAAAACGUUAUUGAACGGACUUUGAGGUACGUUUGGUGGGUGUGACGAGGUUGAAGCAAUGAGUGACGUGUAUAAACGCCAGUGGCCAUGCUGACAGCGUACCGACAACCCCUCCCUGUUUUGCAACUGGUUAUUCGGCACAGCACUGUUUCCGUUCAAUUGAACGUUCCAGAACAUAAAAACAUACUGAACACAGCCCUGGUAUAGAGAAGGACACACUCUCCUGAAGGAAGGGGGUAAUGUACCAACAUUAACUUAACACCUAGCGACCUCAAGUGGUUUGUACCUCUCGGUGUAUCGGUUAAGGUGUUGGCUUGACAGUUGCUGGAAGCCAGUUCAUGUCCCGGUCAAGGCAACCCACUGAAUUCUUUACAGUAUUGAUGAAAAUAAGUUUUAUAAGAUACUUUUACUGUGGCAAAUGAUAGAUUAGCUAUGAUAGAUAUCUUAACAAAAAGCCAUGGCAAGGAACAGGAGACAUACAUUAACAUGAGAAAUACAUUUGACUUUAGACUUAUUGAAAUGUGAGUGUCUUGUUAGCACAUCCCUAAUUGAAAACAAUCCUAUCAAAGUGGUUCUGGAAGAGAGUUGAGUAGCAUACUAUAGUUCACAACACUGAAAUAUAAGCUGGAGAUAGGGCCAGUGACUGUUUUAGCAUGUAAAUCUUGGUCGGUUCAAAAAAAACAAAAAAAUGUGGGAUGCAUGCCAGCAAAACCACAACACAACACUAAAAAUACAUGAAUUGCACUAUAACAGUGAGAAACGGUGCCCAUAAACAGUUAGGGCCUACAUAAAGCUGUCCCAACAUCUUACCACUGCUACACCUGGCUAUCAGCAGAGCCUUGUCUGGCAGCGAAACAGUUCAUUCAGCCUCAUUUACAUAGCUGAUAUGGCUGACUUGCUAAAACAAAUGUGGUUUCUAAUGACAAUUGGGCUGUACCAACUAUGGCAUAAGGGGACUGUCAGGACCCGGUGUGAGAAACAGUCACUAAUAGUCGGCAGAACCCAGAAGAUGAGGCAGACACAGCAGAACUAGAGACGGUGGUUUAAUCAAGGUAAAAGAUCUUCAGGCAAAAAAUAUAAAUCCACAACGUCAAAAGUAAAGCCAAGAGAAAAAAUGGAUAACCUCCAAAAUACAAAGAAAAUCCAUAAAGUUGUAAGAACAGCAGGGGGAAAAAAAACUCAAAAGACUAAUCAAAAAUAAACAAGAACAAAACCAGAGUACCUCUGGAAAAUCCAACUAGAGAAAUAUAUGUUCACAGCAUGGCUGGGGCAGGGUGCUAACAAACAAGCACAGAGCAAAGAACUGAGGAACACUCAGGGUUUACAUACCUACAAGAAAAUGAGGCACAGGUGCAAACAAUAACUAGAACAAGGGAAAAACAAAAGGUUCAAAAAGGCGCAAUGGGAGCAUCUAGUGACCAAAACCUGACAGGGACAACAAGCGGAUAAGAGGCAAUCCGUCAUUUCAUUUAAGACAUUAAUGAGCGAGCUAGGACGGACGUAGUCAAUUUAACUAUUUAUUUAACACUUGAAAUGUACAGCGACAGAAUUCAGAACAUGGACUGUUCUUACAGUGUUCUCCCUGUACACCAAGUCAGAACCAUAGGAUAAAUAAAGGGGGCAUAUUCAUACAAUGAAAGCUCUUACAAAAUGUGAUGAUUUAAUUUCUCUAAAACAGGUUAUAGGCUACAUGUGUACCACCAAGUCAGAACAGUGGGUGAAAUUAAGAGGGGUAAAUAGACCAAAAUAUUAGGGUGAGGCACAUGGGCUGAUAACAGCUUACUACACAACAUACACUUAGUAUUACUUUCUUAGCUACAGUAUACAUAUCUCCCUGGCAUAUUACAUAAUUUUUGCAGCAGCAUACAAGACAUUUUUGGACUCACUUUGUUGUGCUGUGCUCACUUGAAAGGAAGGUGGUGCGGCGGUACUUCGUGGGCAAAUUCUGUCAUCAAAGUCUGGCAUUCUCUGGAUUUAUUGUGCUUUCAAAAUAACUGGGAUCUCGGAAAAAAACAAGAUUGAAUCAUGAUAAUGUCAUUGAUAUUCAUGUCGUAGCUCUAGUAAGAGGCCCGAGUUCCCGAUUUCCAAUUCUGAGUUGGAUGACCGUUCAAAACGUAUUUCCCAGUCGGAGUUCGUUUUUUUCGGAAUUCCCAGUUGUCUUGAACUUGCUGAAGUCAAGUUUUCACAGUCCCGAGUUAACAGUUGUUUUGAGCGCGGCAUAAAUCAUGCUUCAAUGACAGCAUGGCCGAUGUUGAAUGUUUAUAAUUUUAAACUUGGAAAAGAGACUCUUAAUCCCAGAUUUGGGACCACACAGCCACUCCACUGAAUAGCAGGCUAGUGAUUGCUUUGCAAUGCUUGCAGUUAGCCACUGUCACUGAUUCCUUCCAAACCACUCGUUGUUAAAUUUACGAUUUCCAACUUGUUGUGUAAUGUUCAUGUCCAAUGGCCGACGAGCACCGAUACGUUUUCUCUAUAAUUUGUCUUCAUUAUUUCUCUUAAUUUGACAAGGAUUAAAAAGUAUUUGCCAGGAGAUUGUUGACUUGAUUCAUGAUGAUGAAUGCUAGCUAAGAUUUUGAAAGAACUGUAGAUAUAACGUGAUUUGACAUAAUUUUAUCUGUGGCCAAUGACCUUGAGCCUUCUUGGAUGGGCACUUCUUAACCCUAACUCUAUGGCAGCACCCAAGGGGCUUGCAUUUUUUAGGUCUACCCUUAGGCUUGGUGGUAAUGUACUGUCCCCAUGAAUGACAGAACAUUGAGCUAAUCAUUGCGCAACAAGAGAAAAUGACCAACACCUACUCUCUGUAUUUUCUGCUGAAUGCCCCACCACCACAGAAAGCACUGAGCUUGGCUGGAACAACUGCAUUUUGGAUCUACCUUACUCAAGAAAGUAAAAAAGAGGCCAUGUUUGUUUGCAGCUUUAUUAACUCAAUGUUUUUGUUGGGUUUUUUUGCAAAAAAUUUGGGGCUCCACCUGCCCUGAAUGAGGGGUCGCCACUAGAUAGGGCUGCACAAUGAAUCAAAUUCACAUUGAAAUUGCAAAAUUGACAAACGCAAUAUCCAUAUUGCAAGAGAUUAAUAUCACACGCAAAAUGUUUGAAACACCACUUAGCUGCAUUUAAUGUCUGUUUUUAUAGUUUACACUGUUAUUUUCUCCCCUUACAGCUGCUUUCCAAACACACCAAACCUCGCCCUCUGCAGUUCCUUCUCCUCGCUGGUAGAGUCACUAUAGGCUACAUUUGCAUGCUGUUCUGUUGAGAUUGUUCCAAACAAGAUACAUUUCAUCUUCAUCGCAAAUCAAAUCACAAUCGCAAUAUUUGGUUUAAAAAAAAUGGUGAUUAGACUUUUUGCCCAUAUCGUACAGCCCUAGCAGGAGAUGAAAAGUCACUUCUCUCUUCUACAUACUUCAAGAUGGACAGACUAAGACAGACUAAAGAAGAAUGGAAAAAGCACAUUAAAAAAAGCAGCAAAAAAAUUAAAAGCGGGCCAGAUGAGAAUGUCAUCUCAGUUGCUGUUUCUGCGCCCUUUGAAAAUGUGGAAGGGGGAUUUUUCUGUGGUGGGCGGACACCCGCAGCAGGCGGCGCACGGCGUCUUUCUCAUUUCUCUAGGAUGCAGAUGAUGGCAGCGUCUUUUCCUGACAGGCACGCCCACGCCAGGCUGAGGGUUUACUGUCUCACACACUUACUGGCUUCCUGCUGCCUGUCUCCCCGAGUUCUGCUAAUACCACGGUUUGUUUUUCAGACACUCCUCCCCUCAGAGUCUCUAACUCAAAAUUGUUAGUUAACCCCCCUCCCUCCACCCCCUUAAGAUUAUUUCUGCAUUCACUAUUGUCAGAUGGCCUAGCGGUUAAGAGCGUUGGACCGAAAAGUCGCUGGUUCGAAUCCACAAGCCACUAGGUUAAAAAAAAUAUAGCGAUGUGCCCUUAAGCAAGGCCCUUAAUCCUAAUUGCGCCUGUAAAUCACUCUGCAUAAGUGCGUCUGCUGAAUCACUAAAAUGUCAAAUGUCUGAAAAACAGUGAUCCGUUUGCUUUGAGAUUGUACUGUACCCUUUCCCCUAGGUAAGAAGUAAGCCUAUUUGCAGACUCAUUGUAGCCUAGUGAUGUUCCUCUAUCUAUAGGUUUAGUGUUGUCUUCUUCCUCCCCCUCGCUCUUCAUCAUCUUGUGCUCAAGUGUGUGAACUAGGGCUUUGUAUGGACUGAUCUGGAGACAGUCUUAGUAUUUGCUAUAAAGAUUCAUAGGCGUUCAUAAGGACUGUCUUGUAGUGAGAUCACCGAUGGAAUCCCUAGUCGGCGACAGUUGUUGUGGCUGGAUGUUUUUCUACAUUGGGCCAUACGGCUAGACUGUUGUUCAAAAUGAACCUGGUGACGGUUGAAGGGAAGUCUUGUGGUUUUGUGAAUGGUUGAGAGCAGAAAGUCCCACUUUUUUGCAAUUUUGCACAAGUUCAGUAGGCUACAAGCAUCUAGUUCAGUAGGCUACAGGCAUCUAAUUCAGUAGACUACAAGCAUCUAGUUCAGUAGGCUACAAGUAUAUAAUUCAGUAGGCCACAAGCAUCUAGUUUAGUAGGCUACAAGCAUCUAGUUCAGUAGACUACAAGCAUCUAGUUUAGUAGGCUACAAGCAUCUAGUUCAGUAGACUACAAGCAUCUAGUUCAGUAGGCUACAAGCAUAUAAUUCAGUAGACUACAAGCAUCUAAUUCAGUAGACUACAAGCAUCUAGUUCAGUAGGCUACAAGCAUAUAAUUCAGUAGGCCACAAGCAUCUAGUUUAGUAGGCUACAAGCAUCUAGUUCAGUAGACUACAAGCAUCUAGUUCAGUAGACUACAAGCAUCUAAUUCAGUAGACUACAAGCAUCUAGUUCAGUAGACUACAAGCAUCUAGUUCAGUAGACUACAAGCAUCUAGUUCAGUAGACUACAAGCAUCUAAUUCAGUAGACCACAAGCAUCUAGUUCAGUAGGCUACAAGCAUAUAGUUCAGUAGACUACAAGCAUCUAGUUCAGUAGACUAUAAGCAUCUAGAUCAGUAGACAAACAAGCAUCUAGUUCAGUAGACUACAAGCAUCUAGUUCAGUAGGCUACAGGCAUCUAGUUCAGUAGGCUACAGGCAUCUAAUUCAGUAGACUACAAGCAUCUAGUUCAGUAGGCUACAAGCAUCUAAUUCAGUAGACUACAAGCAUCUAAUUCAGUAGACCACAAGCAUCUAGUUCAGUAGGCUACAAGCAUAUAGUUCAGUAGACUACAAGCAUCUAGUUCAGUAGGCUACAAGCAUCUAAUUCAGUAGACUACAAGCAUCUAAUUCAGUAGACCACAAGCAUCUAGUUCAGUAGGCUACAAGCAUCUAAUUCAGUAGACCACAAGCAUCUAGUUCAGUAGGCUACAAGCAUAUAAUUCAGUAGACUACAAGCAUCUAGUUCAGUAGACUACAAGCAUCUAGAUCAGUAGGCUACAAGCAUCUAGAUCAGUAGGCUACAAGCAUCUAAUUCAGUAGACUACAAGCAUCUAGUUCAGUAGGCUACAAGCAUCUAAUUCAGUAGACUACAAGCAUCUAAUUCAGUAGACCACAAGCAUCUAGUUCAGUAGGCUACAAGCAUAUAGUUCAGUAGACUACAAGCAUCUAGUUCAGUAGGCUACAAGCAUCUAAUUCAGUAGACUACAAGCAUCUAAUUCAGUAGACCACAAGCAUCUAGUUCAGUAGGCUACAAGCAUCUAAUUCAGUAGACCACAAGCAUCUAGUUCAGUAGGCUACAAGCAUAUAAUUCAGUAGACUACAAGCAUCUAGUUCAGUAGACUAUAAGCAUCUAGAUCAGUAGGCUACAAGCAUCUAGAUCAGUAGGCUACAAGCAUCUAAUUCAGUAGACCACAAGCAUCUAGUUCAGUAGGCUACAAGCAUCUAGUUCAGUAGACUACAAGCAUCUAAUUCAGUAGGCUACAAGCAUCUAAUUCAGUAGGCUACAGGCAUCUAAUUCAGUAGGCUACAAGCAUCUAAUUCAGUAGACUACAAGCAUCUAAUUCAGUAGGCUACAGGCAUCUAAUUCAGUAGGCUACAAGCAUCUAAUUCAGUAGGCUACAGGCAUCUAAUUCAGUAGGCUACAGGCAUCUAGUUCAGUAGGCUACAGGCAUCUAGUUCAGUAGACUACAAGCAUCUAGUUCAGUAGGCCACAAGCAUCUAAUUCAGUAGACUACAAGCAUCUAAUUCAGUAG